AUGACGGCCAUGGACUCGGACAUUGAGAAAAAGGCCGCUUUGGCCGUAGAACCGGCUGAGAGCCUACCUUCGGCCCACGAUGAUCUGGCAGUUGGCGAGAUCACACAUACCAACCCACUGAAGAGGAAUUUGAAGAAUCGUCAUAUGCAGAUGAUCGCUGUUGGUGGUGCCAUUGGAGCCGGUCUCUUUGUCAGUACAGGAUCCGCCCUUCGAACGGGUGGACCUGGAGCAUUGUUACUCUGUUACUUGAUUGUCGGAGGAAUGCUUCUUCUCACCGUCCAAGCACUCGGAGAGUUGGCCGUUCUAUAUCCUGUCAAUGGUGCUUUCUUCACGUACUGUGUUCGCUUCAUUAGUCCCGCAUGGGGGUUUGCUGUCGGAUGGGACUAUGCUAUCGGUUGGCUUAUCAUACUUCCUUUCGAGCUUACAGCUGCGAGUAUAACUAUUCAAUACUGGAGAGAUGAUCUAAACGCUGGCAUAUGGAUCGCUGUGUUCCUGGUGGUGCUGGCUGCAAUUCAGUUCUUUGGUGUCAAGGGAUAUGGAGAAGUUGAAUUCGUUCUGGGAAUGAUCAAAGUCAUUGCUGUGAUUGGGUUCAUUAUCCUCGCGAUUGUCAUUGACGUGGGCGGUGCUCCCCAUGGCGGCUAUAUUGGAGCCAAAUACUGGCACGAUCCAGGGGCCUUUACCGAUUUCAAGGGAUUUUGUUCAGUGUUCGUCACGGCAGCCUUCGCGUUUGGUGGCACAGAAAUGGCUGGUCUUGCUGCCGCGGAGGCGGCAAACCCUGCCAAAUCCAUCCCCAAAGCAACGAAGCAGGUUUUCUGGCGUAUCAUGAUCUUCUACGUUCUAGGAACCUUCAUGGUUGGUUUAAUCGUCCCCUCCAACGCAGAAUGGCUUCUCGGUGCAUCAGGCGCCAACACCAAGGCUUCACCAUUUGUCGUUUCAAUCAAGAAUGCCGGAAUUUCGGGACUGCCGUCGGUCAUGAACGCUAUCAUUACCAUAUCAGUGAUCAGUGUUGCCAACUCUGCGACCUAUGGUUCCAGCCGCACUAUUCAGGCCCUCGCCUCACGCGGAAUGGCCCCAAAGUUCAUGGCAUACAUUGACAAGGAAGGACGCCCUCUCUACUGUGUUCUCAUGCAGAUCGCUUUCGGUUUCCUGGCAUUCAUAAACGAGGCGUCAUCAGGGAGCACCAUCUUCAACUGGCUUCUUGCCUUAUCAGGUAUCUCCGACUUCUUCAUUUGGGGAAGCAUUUGUCUUGCCCACAUCCGCUUCCGCUCUGCAUGGAAGCAUAACGGACACACGGUGAAGGAGCUGGCCUACUCUGCUCCAUUGGGUGUCAUUGGAAGUUAUAUCGGUCUAGGGCUAAACGUCUUGUGUUUAAUUGCUGAGUUCUAUGUCUCGAUCGCUCCCAAAGAUGCAGAGAACUUCUUUGAGAGCUAUCUCGCGGCCCCCCUCGUUAUUUUGCUUUUCGUAAUUUGGAUGGUCUACAGCAAAAUGAGCAAGAACCCAAAUCUUGAUCGCGGGGCUUGGUUUGUUCCAGUUGAGAAGAUGGAUGUCUUGAUGCAUAUUCGUGACGGUGCUCUUGAUGUUGAUCUUCCUCCCAGAGUCGAGUACCCAACAUGGGGAGCAUGGUUCAAAGCCGCUCCUAUGCGGAUUGUACGCUCCAUAUUUUGA